CCGGCAUCAUUUUCGCCUCGCGGGAAGACGGUUGGUGAACGGCUGCGAUUAAUUUCAAUAUUUUACACCGAAAAAAUUAUAACGAGCUUUUUUUAAUUUCCCUUUGAAUGAGGGUGAAGCUUUUUGUCGAGGUGUUUAUUGAGACGUUCCCUUGUCAGUGAACCUUGUGUUAAAUCCUCACCAAAAUGUCAGUUUACAGGAUUCUCUUUUAGCCAGUUAACGGAUUUUUCACAUUACAGUUUUAUCUAACGGUAGCUUACAGACGACAUUUUAAGACAGUUGCUCGUUUUUUUCCCCCUUUUAAUUCAGUUUCAUCUUCUGGUCUUAAAAUCCAAAUCCAGAUAUUCUGGUUUAAUCAAGUCUGAGUUCGUCUUUGGAGAAGAACCGACUGACAGCGCAACAAUGGGGUACGGACGGUCGGACAGCUACCGGGUGGCCACCACACAGGACACGGAUGACAAGGAGACUCAAAAGAAGAAGGGAGGAAAGGACAUGGAUGACCUGAAGAAAGAAGUACCCAUCACGGAACAUAAAAUGUCCGUUGAGGAGGUUUGCCGGAAAUACAACACGGAUAUCGUUCAGGGUUUGACCAAUGCCAAGGCAGCAGAGUUCCUGGCCAGGGACGGACCCAAUGCCCUGACCCCACCCCCCACCACUCCAGAGUGGAUCAAGUUCUGCCGUCAGCUGUUUGGUGGCUUCUCUAUCUUGCUGUGGAUCGGUGCCAUCCUCUGCUUCCUGGCCUACGCCAUCCAGGCUGCGACAGAGGAUGAUCCUCCUGGGGAUAAUUUAUAUCUGGGUAUUGUGCUUUCGGCUGUUGUCGUCGUCACCGGCUGCUUCUCCUAUUUUCAGGAAGCUAAGAGCUCCAAGAUCAUGGAGUCCUUCAAGAACAUGGUCCCUCAGCAAGCCUUGGUGAUCCGAGAGGGAGAGAAGAUGCAGAUCGAUGCCGAGCAGGUGGUGGCAGGAGACCUGGUGGAGGUGAAGGGAGGCGACCGGAUCCCCGCUGACCUCCGCAUCAUCUCCUCCCAUGGUUGCAAGGUUGACAACUCAUCCCUGACUGGAGAAUCGGAGCCCCAGACCAGGUCACCUGAGUGUACCCAUGACAACCCUCUGGAAACCCGAAACAUUGCCUUCUUCUCCACCAACUGUGUCGAGGGAACUGCUCGUGGAAUCGUCGUGUGUACCGGUGAUCGUACAGUGAUGGGUCGCAUCGCCACACUCACCUCAGGCCUGGAGACCGGCAAGACACCCAUUGCCAGGGAGAUUGAGCACUUCAUCCAUAUCAUCACUGGCGUGGCCGUCUUUCUUGGUGUGACCUUCUUCAUCCUUUCGCUGGUCCUGGGCUACACCUGGCUGGAGGCUGUCAUCUUCCUCAUCGGCAUCAUCGUCGCUAAUGUCCCUGAAGGACUUCUGGCUACUGUCACCGUGUGUUUGACUCUGACUGCGAAGCGAAUGGCCCGUAAGAACUGCCUGGUGAAGAACCUGGAGGCUGUGGAAACUCUGGGUUCCACCUCCACCAUCUGCUCCGACAAGACCGGCACCCUGACCCAGAACCGGAUGACCGUGGCCCACAUGUGGUUCGACAAUCAGAUCCACGAGGCUGACACGACUGAAGACCAGUCUGGUUCCUCUUUCGACAAAAGUUCACUAACAUGGGUAUCUCUGGCUCGCGUUGCUGGACUGUGCAACCGUGCUGUGUUCAAGGCCGGUCAGGAAUCUCUGCCCAUCCUGAAACGUGAUGUAGCCGGCGACGCCUCCGAGUCAGCUCUGCUCAAGUGCAUCGAGUUGUCCUGUGGCAGUGUCAAAAGCAUGAGGGACAAGUACAAGAAGGUGGCUGAGAUCCCCUUCAACUCCACCAACAAGUAUCAGCUUUCAGUUCAUGAAACUAUGGAAGAAAAUGUAAGUCCGUACCUGCUGGUGAUGAAGGGAGCCCCUGAAAGGAUCCUGGACCGCUGCUCCACCAUCAUAAUCCAAGGCAAAGAGCAGCCAAUGGACGACGAGAUGAAGGAGGCUUUCCAGAACGCCUACCUGGAACUGGGAGGACUGGGGGAGAGAGUACUGGGUUUUUGCCACCUGUUCAUGCCACAGGACAAGUAUCCCAAAGGCUUUUCCUUCGACACAGAUGAUGUCAACUUCCAAAUAGACAACCUUUGCUUUGUUGGCCUCAUGUCUAUGAUCGAUCCUCCUCGCGCCGCCGUCCCUGAUGCUGUGGGAAAAUGUCGCUCCGCUGGCAUCAAGGUUAUUAUGGUGACUGGUGACCAUCCAAUCACAGCCAAGGCCAUUGCUAAGGGAGUCGGGAUCAUUUCUGAGGGCAAUGAGACGGUGGAAGACAUCGCUGCUCGCCUCAACAUUCCUGUCAGCCAAGUUAACGCCAGGGAUGCCAAGGCCUGCGUGAUCCACGGCACAGAUCUGAAAGACCUGACUCAGGACCAGAUAGACGACAUUUUGAAGAACCACACAGAGAUAGUCUUUGCUAGAACUUCCCCACAGCAGAAGCUCAUUAUUGUCGAAGGUUGCCAGCGACAGGGAGCCAUCGUGGCUGUGACAGGGGACGGCGUGAAUGAUUCUCCGGCGCUGAAGAAGGCAGACAUCGGCGUUGCCAUGGGGAUUUCUGGCUCUGACGUGUCCAAACAAGCAGCAGACAUGAUCCUGCUGGACGACAACUUUGCUUCCAUUGUGACUGGCGUGGAAGAAGGACGCCUGAUUUUUGACAACCUGAAGAAGUCCAUCGCUUACACCCUGACCAGCAACAUCCCAGAGAUCACCCCAUUCCUGUUCUUCAUCCUGGUCAACAUCCCUCUGCCGCUGGGCACCAUCACCAUCCUCUGCAUCGACCUGGGAACCGACAUGGUUCCUGCUAUUUCUCUGGCCUACGAAGCAGCAGAAAGUGACAUCAUGAAGCGCCAGCCAAGGAACCCGCUGAGGGACAAACUGGUCAACGAGAGGCUCAUCAGUAUCUCAUAUGGACAGAUUGGCAUGAUCCAAGCUCUUGGUGGCUUCUUUGCCUAUUUUGUUAUCAUGGCUGAAAACGGUUUCCUGCCGUCUCACCUUGUUGGUAUCCGGCUGAACUGGGACGAUCGCUCUAACAACGACCUGGAGGACAGCUACGGCCAGCAAUGGACGUAUGAGCAGCGGAAGAUCGUAGAGUUCACCUGCCACACAGCCUUCUUCGUCAGCAUCGUGGUGGUGCAGUGGGCCGACGUCAUCAUCUGCAAGACCAGACGCAACUCCGUCUUCCAGCAGGGAAUGAAGAAUAAGAUCCUGAUCUUUGGGUUGUUUGAGGAAACGGCUCUGGCUGCGUUCCUGUCCUACUGCCCCGGGUUGGACGUGGGGCUCCGGAUGUACCCACUCAAGCCCACCUGGUGGUUCUGUGCGUUUCCGUACAGUUUCCUCAUCUUUGUUUACGACGAAAUCCGAAAGCUCAUCAUUCGCCGAGACCCUGGAGGCUGGGUGGAAAAAGAGACUUACUAUUAAAUCAUCAAAACAUCCUUUGCUUCUAUCCCAUCCUUCCCUAAACUCGCCCCUGCUUCUGUCCCUGCCUUCCCUUCUCCAUCCACUCAUGUGUUGCUCCUUUCAUUUUCUCUAAAGUACUAGAGAAAAUGAUGUUUACUCAUCCUUCCAUCUUUUCUUCACUCCCCCAUGUUCAUUUCUAAA